UUUCAAGAAUAAAUUGUAUGUAAACUCGGGUUCCUCAUGAAUCACUUGCGACCCUUCCCAGCUGAGUCGGCCAGUGUGCUUCGGGAUGUCGGGCUGGCUUUGGGUUGACAGCCACAUAGGCCGGCGGCCGUGGAGGAGGCGGGAAGGAUGGGAAGGAGGAAGGGGAGCCAGGACCUUCCCUGGGAAGCACAGCAGAGAGCUGAGAAGUCCAGGAAGGCAGGGGCACCGGGGUGAACCCUGAGCAGAGAGAAAGCCUGGAGGUUUUAGGAAAUUGCCGCUGUGGGAGCAGGGUCUUCUAGAUCAGUUCUCAAGGGCAGUUUUGCCCCCUGGAGACACUUCGCACUGUCAUGGUGGGAAGGGGUGCUCCUGGCAUCUUGUGGAUGGAGGCCAGCCAGGGAUGCUUUAAAACAUCCUGCAGUGCACAGGGCAGCACCCCCCUGCCCACUAAGAAUGACCCGGCCCCACGUGUCCAUAGCGCCACACUGAGAACUCAGUUCGCCCUCUCUGUGGCCUUAUGGCCUGGCCUUGUGUUAGCAGGACCCCUUCUGUGGUCACUCAGCUUCCGUUCUGAGCCCACUGGUGUGAGGCUGGAGCAGCCCCAGUGCCAGUCCACGACCUUGGGCCAUGCCUCUCCUCUCUCUUCCUCACCCAGGCAGGUCUGGACAAGCCCCGCCUGGGCCCAAGUGCACAGAGGAUGGAAACACCCCCCCGGCAAUGUCUCUGGGCCGCCUCCUUCGCCGGGCCUCCUCCAAAGCGUCGGACCUCCUGACCCUCACCCCGGGUGGCGGCGGCGGGCCCCCCUCCGUCCUGGAUGGGGAGAUCAUCUUCUCCAAGAACAAUGUCUGUGUGCACCCACCGGAGGGGCUGCAGGGGCUGGGAGAGCACCAUCCAGGCUACCUGUGCUUGUACAUGGAGAAGGAUGAGCUUCUGGGGGCCACCCUCAUCCUCGCAUGGGUCCCCAACUCCCGGAUCCAGAAGCAGGACGAGGAGGCGCUGCGCUACAUCACCCCAGAGAGCUCCCCGGUGCGCAAGGCUCCCCGCCCCCGGGGCCGGCGCACCCCCAGCUCAGGGGCCCCCCACCAGCCGUCCCCCACGGAGCCCAGGUCCACCCUGACCCCCAGAGACGAGGACAUCCUGGUGGCGGCCCAGAGCAUCCGGGACCCGGAGCACAUCAGCCCCUCGCCCGAGGACGGGGAGAAGCUGGCCCCGGGCCUGGGGGUGGACGGCCCGCUCCCGGCCUCGCAGCCAGCCCACAGCGACUCGGGAAUCUUGUCGGCGGUCAGUUCGCAGGACGGGACGGAAGAGGGCCGGGAGUCGCGGCCGGAGGCCGGCGAGGAGGAGGGCUCCUUGGAGCUGUCGGCCGAGGGCGUGAGCAGGGCCAGCUCCUUCGACUCGGACUCGGAGGCCUUCUCUUCGCCCUUCUGCCUCUCGCCCAUCAGCGCGGCGCUGGCGGAGAGCAGCAGCUCCGUGUUCCUGGAGAGCGAGAGUGGCUCUCCCUCCAGCACGGAUGCCCACCUGCAGUUCCCGGACGGCAGCGGCCUCCUGCAGCCCCCGCGCUGGGACGAGCCGCAGCGGGCGUGCGCCCUGGAGCAGAUCUGUGGCGUGUUCCGAGUGGACCUGGGGCAGAUGCGUUCCCUCCGUCUCUUCUUCAGCGAUGAGGCCUGCACCAGCGGCCAGCUGGUCGUCGCCAGCCGGGAGAGCCAGUACAAGGUCUUUCACUUCCACCACGGAGGCUUGGACAAGCUGCCCGACGUCCUUCAGCAGUGGAAAUACUGCGCAGAGACGCACCUCAAAGACCAGGUCGCCGACGAAAAGACGUGCAUGCAGUUCUCCAUCCGGCGUCCCAAACUGCCGUCCUCCGAGACGCACCCCGAGGAGAGCAUGUACCGCAGGCUGGACGUGGCCGCCUGGCUGCGCCACCUGAACGCGCUGGGCCAGGUGCAGGAGGAGUACAAGCUGCGCAAGGCCAUUUUCUUCGGCGGCAUUGAUGUGUCAAUCCGGGGGGAGGUCUGGCCCUUCCUGCUGCGUUAUUACAGCCACGAGUCGACGUCGGAGGAGAGGGAGGCGCUGCGGGCGCAGAAGAGAAGGGAGUACGCCGAGAUCCAGCAGAAGAGGCUCUCCAUGACCCCUGAGGAGCACAGAGCGUUCUGGCGAAAUGUGCAGUUCACUGUGGACAAGGAUGUGGUUCGGACAGAUAGGAGCCAUCAGUUCUUCCGAGGCGAAGGCAAUCCCAACGUGGAGUGCAUGAGGAGGAUUCUGCUGAACUACGCAGUGUACAACCCCGCCAUCGGGUACUCCCAGGGCAUGUCGGACCUGGUGGCGCCCAUCCUGGCCGAGGUCCUGGAUGAGUCAGACACCUUCUGGUGCUUUGUGGGUCUGAUGCAGAACACGAUCUUCGUUAGCUCUCCUCGGGAUGAGGACAUGGAAAAACAGCUGCUGUACCUGCGGGAGUUGCUGCGGCUGACACACCUGCGCUUCUACCAGCACCUGGUCUCGCUGGGCGAGGAUGGCCUGCAGAUGCUCUUCUGCCACCGCUGGCUCCUGCUGUGCUUCAAGCGGGAGUUCCCCGAGGCCGAGGCACUGCGAAUCUGGGAGGCCUGCUGGGCCCACUACCAGACCGAUUACUUCCACCUUUUCAUCUGUGUGGCCAUCGUGGCCAUCUACGGGGAUGACGUCAUUGAGCAGCAGCUGGCCACCGACCAGAUGCUCCUGCACUUUGGAAACCUGGCCAUGCACAUGAAUGGGGAGCUCGUUCUCAGGAAGGCCAGGAGUUUGCUGUACCAGUUCCGCCUCUUGCCGCGGAUCCCCUGCAGCCUGCAUGACCUGUGCAAGCUGUGUGGGACGGGCAUGUGGGACAGCGGUUACAUGCCUGCCGUGGAGUGCACCGGCCAGCAUCCGGGGUCAGAGAGCUGCCCCUUUGGGGGCACCGUGGAGACACCUUCGCCCAAGCCCUCCAGGGAAGGCAGGAAGGGCCCCAAGACGCCUCGGGAAGGCUUCGGUUUCCGCAGAUAGGUUGGGCUCCCUGUGCUGGUCGAGGGGUGAGGGGACCUCAGCCAGGUCUCGAGCGUGUGGGAGUGGGUGGGGAUGGGCAUGGAGGGGAUGGGAUGGUAGAAAUGUAAGGAAAAUGCCCUCGGGCGACAUGAAGGGAACCUUUUCAUAUUAAGGACAAAAGCUGAGUCCAGAAGUGACAGAAGUAAAACCUGCCAGCUGCCCAGAAAAAAGUCAGCUCCCAAAACCCAGCGGGACCAGAAUGCAUGGCCACCCCACCUGGAGACACACGCGGGCCAGGUUCUCAUGUUACCUGCCUUUGAUGGAUCUGGAUGCGUCCCAGGAGUUCCUCCAGCUUCAUCAGCUGCUAAAGGGCAUUGCCAGGCAUCGGGGAAGGCGGGACAGGAGAGGUCUUCCUGUUCACCCACCAGUGCCGGCGAACGCAGAACAAGGGGGUCCUUGCAGGCCCAGAGACAUCUUUGCAAGCCGGACACACCUCAUAAGGCCUUCUCUGAGUGAGCCAGUCACACUCCACAGCUUCUCCAGACGCAGCUGCAAAGCUGAUGCGAAGACAUCUGCCAAAAGAAAGAAAAGCCCCGCUGAUUUCAGGGUAGAGAAGUGUCAGAGCAGCGGGGCUGGGGCUUCAACACUGUCCACCUCGACAUCCUGUCCUCCUGGAAUGUAAAGGACUCUGCCACCUGUGAGCCGGAGCACCAGCUGUUGAAGUGCUGGACUCCUCUCCCUUAGUUGGGAAUUGCUACCUGUGGUUCUCUGGCAUUGUUUAAGGCCACCCGCACCAGGUACAGGAGCCAGCUGGGGGCUGGAAGGAUCGAAGUGUGUGUGUGUGCACAGAAAAUCCUCGGAAGGGAGUCUGCAGUGUUUGAGGCAAGGGACAGUAUAUUAACUGACCGACCAAGACAAAGGCACCUGCACGUGCUAGAAAGACCCCUGCCUCCUUGCAGGGCCUGCGGUCUGCUGUGAACCAGGCCUUCUGUGAGUGGCUUCUCAGGUGGUGGGACGCCGGGGCAACCACAGCACAGUCGCAGUCACUCAGGGCACCUCUGCUUUCUGCGUGGGAACCAGGUCUUCCCAGCACGCUCUCCCUCCUCCUCAAGAUUCUCAUCAGUUGCUCCUUCUCGGAUUUAGAGAAGGACAGACAAGGGUGUGGGAGGGCUCCCAGCCAGUGUAAAGGCGUGGGGCCCUUUGCACAGGAAGCCACCUCUUGAACUGGUGAGAGCAAGGAGCCUUGAAUCCUCCUGCACAUCCUUCUGGGGAGAAAAAUCCUUGAAGUGCGGAGAGUCCUCGUGGAGACACAGCCCCACCACAUGAGGCUGCUUCCUGCUCUCAGCUUUUCUCACCAAGAGUGGACGCUGCUGGGUGGCACCACUUUAAAAAGAUGUUUAUCAACAGGAAAGAGGAAGUUAUCAGCCUCCUCCCUUCUCAGCUUCUCUUCUCUCCGUGAGCCCAAGUCCUCCAGCAGGCAGGAGACUGAGACUGAUACUUCCAAGUUUCCUGGCCCUCUGUCCCAGAGCCUUUUGGGGAAACCAUCCUGGAGCCUUGUCAGUGCCCAGAUCUUGGGGUGCUGACCAUUAUAGUCCAGCAGCAGGGUCCAGGCUGGAUGAGGGUGGAUUUCUCAUCUGCUCUGCUUCUGGGGAAAGAGAAUUGCCUUUCUAUGUUGGCUCCUGAUCCACUGGAAUUGGCCCGAGUUACCCAGACACUCUGCUGACUCCUUUAGAGACCACUUCCCCAUGAACAGGCAUACCAGUUACCCAUUGCCACAGUAAAGCUGCAUAGCAAGUAGCCCCCAAACAUGGUGGCCCCAAACAGCACGCACGCACCUAGCACAGGAGUCUGCAGGUCAGCAGCUCAGGCUGGGCGGUUCUGGGCUGGGUUGGGCUUACUCCCAUGCCUGGAGCUGUUGAGCCCAGCAGAAUGCUGACGCUCACAGAGGCCGGACUUGGCUCUCCUCCACGGCUCUUGCAUCCUCCCCGCAAGCCAGUCCUGGCCAAGGCAAAGGUGCAGAAUCAGAAGUGUGCAGGCGCCUUCCCAAACCUUGGCAGAUGCCACCCCUGCUGCCAUCCCUUUGGCCAAAGUAAGUCACAUGCGCGGACCCAGCACCUAGAGGGGUGGAGAAGUGGACCCUCCCUUGCAGUAAGAGAGGUUGCACAGUGACGUGGUGAGGGGCUGGGAACUCAUGAGGGAACGCGGAACCGGGCAGCUGGCACAGCCUACCAGCACCACCAGGUAGCCCUGGUCCAAAUAGCACUGUCUUGGAACUUGCCUUCUAGCAGGGGCAUGACUUCCCCAGAAGACACAGGAGAUGCCUCAGAGGGGAAAGAGUGCUCCCCCCUCCCCACGCUCUGAAGCAGGAGAGCGUCCGUGCAUUUUACUACGAAACCUUGUGCCUUUGGGCUGCUGUGACCGCGUGGGGGAGAGGGAGGGGAUCCUGGGUUCCCCCACAUUGAAGGGUCCUGGGUGGAAAGCACUCCUGAAUCUCCUGGCUCCCACGGCCUCUCACUCCCACAGCUCCCCAAGACCUUGCAGCAAGUGCCACCCCCACCCUCACUGCUCCCCCCUCUCACCCUGUGGGCUGAGCCAGGCCCCACUGAGAUCUGGGCUUCUUGGGACUUUGAAAGCCAAAGACGUGGAUGCGUGGGCUCUGGAGGACCCACUGCUCCAGAGGGAUGAGAAGGCCCGCCCCUGCACGGCUCCCUUAAUCUGGAUGCAAUUAGAGGAAACCAGCCAAAAACCCUGCGGCAGCUGUUGCCCCAGGAUUCUUCCCAGCCAGCAACAGGCAUCAGGGUGAUAAUUCAGUCAUUAGACUUCUAGCCUCCCCACCGCCAGCACGUGCAAGUACAGGACCAACCGCCCGGCCCGGCCGUCCUCGGCGAUGCUGCUUGUUUAGCCCAUUUUUUUUUUAAAUGACACUUAAUGUUAUUGGCCGAUGUGCAUGUGCACGCAUGCUUAAAAGUUUCCCCAGCACUAAUGUCUGUGCUGGUGUUUCCCGGGGUCGCCGGGGCCUCUGAGAAGAGAGGGCGCCUUUGAUGCGCACGUGCUGGCACGGGAAGGGCAGCGGGGCGCCCUCGCCAGCCCUGGGGGGUUCACUCUCCCAGGAAGGAGGGGACAAUGUCAGGACGAAGCUGGACCCUCGAAGGUGGGGGAUGCACAGCUAGGGAAACAGUCGGGGUUGGGGUCUGGUUAGGUGCAGAGGGAAAUGGUGUGCUGUUCCAGAAGGUUCUGCCUUAAGUCCCAGCGGGGAAGACUUAGAACUCACAAGUCAAGGGAAUUGGUGGUCUUGCGCCAGUUAGAGUGAGAGGGACGGAUGGGCUGGGGAGGGGCCCCUGGCCCACCUCUGCAGAGGAGGAAGGUCUGCGGCCCAGAAGGGCAGUUCCGUUGGCAACCUUGUCCUGAUCAGCUUUCAAGCGGGAUGGAGGUUUUUGAACCUAGGACCUUUGAAUUUUCCGUAAAAGCCUCCUGGGGGCAGGCGGCUGGACAGGAUGAAGGCGCUGGUCCUGAAACGAGGGCAGUAGCUGGCAGGGGCCACCCAGCUCCGACCCUUGAUGGGUGGACGGAGGACACGGGGCAGAGUCUGUGGACCACGGUGGGGGGCUCUAGGGCUCUCCCCUCUGCUUCCUGUGAGGCCCCCCGAGCUCUUGUCUGCUUCUUGUUCGGUAGAAAUAGGUUCCGUGCCGGGAGGCUAGAGGGUGGCAGGGACGCCUGGGUUCAAGGGGCAAGGGGAAGGGAGCCUCUUCCAGUUUGUCUGCCCAGCAGGGGACCGUGGAGGCUGCCCUGCCUCAGAGGAAGGAGGAGGAGUUCCCCCGGGGAACCCCACACAUAUGCAGGGGUGCAGGACUGGCCUUCGAGCUGUAGCAAGGGAGGGAGCUUGCGGGUCUGGCCUGAGGCUGGGCGCUUCCCUGGAGACCCAGGGGGACCAGACUCUCCAGGAUCUGAUUAGCCCAGCGUUGCAAAGGCAGGCUGCAAGGCUGUCCCUCGAAGAGAAAGCAUUCUGUCCCCAGUCGUCCCUGGCUCUGAGGGAACUGCCCCCAAACUAAACAGCUCAUCCCUCUUCCCCCAAAGUUGUGAAGCCUGAGGACAGGACUCUACCGUAGUGGGUGAGCAGCACUGCUCAGCAGGAAGGCUUACCUAGGGGCCAGGAACCUGGUUCUUGCCCUCCUCUGACCCUUCCCAGGUGCAUGACCUUCCUGCCCCCUGAGCCUCAGUUCCCUUGUCCUGGAAUGAGAAUGGUGCCACCCUCCCCGCCUAGCUCACAGGACUGCGUGGGGACCCUCCGGGUGAAGGUGUCAUGAGGAUGGUUUACCAGCCCCAGGGACCUCACCUGCCACUCAGGGAAGAGACCACUGACUUGGCCGAGAGGCGACGUGCUCCCGACCCGAGAGCUCGCCCUGCUUUGGGAGUCAGCAAACUCGCUUCCUUCCUCACAUCCAAUUUGCUGCGUCCCCAGCUGAGGGGGGCCUCUCUGUGCCUCUUGUGUGACACUCACCCCAUGCCGCCCCACUCCUGCCACGAGGAAGGCCAACCACGGGCCCUGGCGAGCCCUCAAGAUGUGUCUGUGUGCGGCGUGCCUCACUCAGCAGCAGGGACGCGGUCCGUGCCUCAGGGGCUCCCCCACGGCUGGGACCCACCCCCCAAGGGGGGCUCCGGCCUCCUGGGUCAGGCUGUGGGGACCAGAGACGGCUGCCCCCGGGGGGCGGGGGAGCAGGCAGGCGUUCACGCAGCCCGCCAGCACCUGGCCCCAAAACGCGUGCUGAAUUUCUAGGUAGGAAGGCAGCAUUCAAGUUCAGAGACCGAGUCACACGGCUGUCUUCUCUCCAGCGCCUUGGGUUAGUCAGAGGGCAGGGUUUCUGUUUAAGGGAAAGUUUCAUGAAAUUUCCACCGCUGCCAAGAGAUUACCAGUGUCCUGUUGGCAAGUCAUUUAUUCUCUGCAUUUUAUUUUGUUUUGUUCUUUACUACAAUCGCCCGCUGGUCCGGCUGUGCCCCAGGCUGGGGACUGGCCACCCUGAGCCCUGGGCCACAGCCACCAAAGUGCUUCCGGCUCUCACGGAUUCUACAGCAAAGUAAAUAAAAACACACUGACAACGAA